AUGGGUCACUUCGGCUUAUUUCUGCAGUUUUUUUGCGACGCGACGUUUGUCACUUCUGAGGCGGGACACAGCGGCAUCCAAGUGGAUGUCAUCGUCUACAACUCAGCCCUCACCGCCUGUGGCCGUGCGAGUGAGUGGCAACGGGGCGUUCUGAAGAUGUGGAUGAUGAUGACAAUGGUGAUGAUGUUGAUGACGAUGAUGACAUUGAGAGUGAUUGUAAUUACGAUGAUGUUGGUGAUGAUGAUGAUGAUGCUGAUGCUGAUGCUGAUGCUGAUGCUGAUGCUGUUGUCGUUGAUGGUGAUGUUGAUGAUGAUCAUCAUGGUGAUGGUGAGGGUGAUGGUGAUGGCGUUGGUGACGGUAAUGGUGAUGAUGACGAUGACGAUGGUGACGGUGAUGGUGAUGAUGGCGAUGGCGUUGACGAUGACGAUGGCAACUUUGAUGGUGAUGGUGAUGACAAGAGCUUUUAGUCUUGCUUUGGAGCUUCUACGGAGCGUCGAUGCUAUGGGCCUUCUUCCCACAGUUGUUACCUUCGGUGCGGCCAUCAGCGCCACGGAGAGGGCUGCAAAAUGGCCAGGAGCUCUGUUGCUCUUGGAGGAUUUGGGGCGGAGAGCCUUGCAACCGAACGUGAUUCUCUGCAGUUCCGCAGUCAGUGCCUGUGAGAAGGCUGCUGAGUGGCAGCAAGCCUUAGGCUUGUUUGCGGAGAUGCAAGCUUUGGAGGUGCAGGCCAACACGAUCACCUACAAUUCUGCGAUCAGCGCAUGCGGAGCAUCUUCCGAGUGGAGACAGAGUCUGCAUCUGCUCGAAGAAGUGGAUGCCGUGAGCAUGCAAGUGGACAUCAUUUCCUUUAAUGCAGCAAUAUCUGCCUGCGAAUCUGCCGGUGCUUGGGUCGCUGGCCUGGCCCUCCUUCAGAGCCUUUUUUCCAGAAGCCUCCAGAUGGAUCUGAUCACCUGGAACACAGCAAUCAGCGCCUGUGAGAAGGCCGGAAAGUGGCCAGAAGCACUGCUACUCCUAGCUGGCCUGGGCGAAAGCUCCUACGAAGCCGAUGAGAUCACUUACAACGCCGCAAUCAGCGCCUGUGAGAAAGCUGCUGAGUGGAAGCUGGCCCUCCAGUUGCUCUUUGAGGUUCAGCAAGGACCUUUGAGGCCUUCUGUUGUCACCUUCAGCGCUGCGAUCAGCGCCUGCGAGAAAGCCGGCAUGUGGCGACAAGUGCUGGUGUUGCUGUCAACCCUCGCCAACGAGGGCUUGCAACCGAACUUGGUCACCAUGAAUGCUGCAAUCAGUGCGUGUGAGAAGGCAGCUGAAUGGAGGAAAGCUGUGCUACUGUUGAGCCAGCUGCAAUCUGCCGGACACGUGCCAGACAUCAUUACCUACAGUGCAUUGGUAAGUGCCUGUGAAAAGGCCAGCCGCUGGCAGCAUGCAGUUAUGCUGCUCGCGGAUUUUUCCACCACUGGCGGGCAACCGAAUCUGAUCGCAUACAGCUCGGCCAUUUGUGCCUGCGAGCAUGCAGCUGAGUGGCGGCAGGCGUUCGUCCUCAUGGCCGCGGCAGCGAACAGCAGCAUCGAACUCGACGCGGUCACUUACGGUCAUGCCAUCUCUGCCUGCGAGCACGCAGGACAGCCAGAGCCGACUCUCCACUUGUUGGGGGCCUUUGAUGAGAUCCUGGCCGAGAGCUUGGAUCCGACGUUACUGUUGGGAAUG